GCGGAAUCAGUGACGCAAUGUCAGCUGAUGUAAUGAGUUUGGCUAAACGUUUAGACUUGCAGCCGAAAGAGAUCAACUGUUUGAAAUCUGAAAAGGGCAAAUUAUUGAUAUUUGAAACAAAAGAAUAUGUUAAUUCACUGAGUGAACAAAAUUUGCGAUCAAAGUUGCGUCUGGAAGCUCGUCGUCGCAUGUGGAAACACAAACUAGAAUCACUACCAAGCGAUGAAGACAUUGAGCUGUUUUGUAUCAAUCUACAAAACAAAGCAACCUACUCAAGAAGUGAGGAUGACAAACUUGUUGAUUACAACAGUUACAAACAAGUGAUAAAUCUCGCUCCGAAAGCUUUGCAAGAUUUUUUAUCUGCUGAAAUUUUUAUGAAUUUGCUUCAAAUUAGCAACACCAAAGAUGAAGGACGUAUAGCUGUUGAUUCCAUUAUCGAUUAUUUGUUAACUAAAAAAGACAAAUUAAGCAAAUUGAUCCAUUUACACUAUUACGAUUCUGCGAGCAAAGGCUAUCUGUCGAUAGAGGACUUACGAGAUUUUUUAGAAGCAGAAGUGCUACCUCUUAUACCUUCUCUUGCAAAUUUGAAUGAAGAAGAGCCAAUGCUACAGGAUUAUUAUCUAUGUAUGGCUACACGAAAAAUUUUCUUUUUGCUCGAUACGAUGCAACAAAAAAAAGUUCGCAUUGUUGACAUUGUAGCUAGUCGCUUACUGGAAGAAUUUGAGACUUUAAAUGAGUCAUCGAAUGGUAAUGCUGGUGAUGAUGAGUCCGUAGAAAUGGAACAAGGGACAUCUCAAACUACCGGUACAUUGAACUGGUUUUCGAAACGAAACUGUUUGAGAAUAAAAAAUAUAUACGAACAGCUUGAUACGGAUGGCAAUGGAUUACUGAGUUUUUCAGAAAUGACUGAUUUUCAGCGCAUCACGAACUCUUUUAUGCAGAGAGUUUUUGAAGUUCAGCAAACUUAUGAUAAUGAUGAACUUGACUUGAGAGGAUUUUGUGACCUUCUAUUUGCAAUAGAGCAUAAAUCAGACCGUUCCGCGCUGAGUUAUUACUUCCGAGUGCUAGACGUUGAUGGUGACAAUUUAUUAAGUGCUUCGGAUCUGAACUUCUUCUAUCGUGAUCUUGCAAAAAUGCUAGAAGAUUGCUUCUCAGAUGGUAGUUCGCAGAAAGCGCCUUUAUUCGACGAUAUUAAGAACGAGAUAUUCGAUAUGUGCCAUCCAAAAAACCCUAAGGGGAUAACAUUAAAAGAACUGAUUUCAUCGGGCAAAGGUGGUACGGUGGUGGGUUUGUUAACUGAUCUGGAUGCUUUCCUUGAAUAUGAAAAUCGUGAAGAUGUUAUUUAUGAAGAAUGAAUUCCCGAUAUUUUCUGCAUAUUUCUUAUUUAAUUAAGAAUUUUCCUGUACUUUUUGCUGAUAAUGAAAGUUAUUUGUGGAGGCGAUAUGAAAUAUGCUGCUGUUACAUAAAGUUCAACAUCAUUUGAUGUUGAAAAUGUUUCUCUUGUGCAUUAAUUAUGGAUCAUCUAUAAUAUUAGUUUCUUUUAGUGAUUCUUUAUCCUUAUUAUGACAUUUAGGUACUGACCAAAAGUGACGAGUAUCCGUGAUAUAUGAUUUCCCUGGUUUUUUAACAAAUUUGUUUAACAUAUAUUCAUUGUACGGAAAUGUAUAUUUGUCUUUAUAAUAGUAUAGUUGCAACUUUCAUAUCGAUAAACUCUAUUUUAUUGUACAACUCAUGCAGUGGCAUAGCCUGUGAUGAAAAAGAAUUCGACAUCAUAUAUGCUACUAUCUGUCAAGCAUCUUUUCAUAAUUCCUCUGUUUCAUGCAUCCG